GCUACUGCUUUUGGUGUCGUGAUCCCAGCGUCACUUUCAACUUCCACAAAAACUGUUUUGUUUAUUCAAAGUUCGCUCCUUUCCUCAAUUUCCUCCAUUUCUAUGAAGUACCCUCUCUUUGUAGUUUGUACCAUGGUGGGCAUGCACUCUUAACACUUAUAUGCGGUUUUUUUGAGAGAUUUUAUUUUUUCCCUGAGCUGUAAAGACACAUUGUUUGUGUUGUUGCCUUCACGUCCCUCUCUCUCUCUCUCUCUCUCUCUCCUGUUCUGUGGUGCUCUCUUCGUUCAUUCUUAACUUUUUGCUUUUUCCCCUUUUAUUUCUUAAUUUGGUACUUUUGAAGUAAGAAGUAACGGUUAGGGGGGAAAAUGUUGUUGGGUUGGUAGAGUUAGAAGAAGGAAAGGAAAAAAAGAAAGGUUUUUGCUUCCUUCAGCCAUGGCUCCAGCUGGGAAGCUUUCUGGGUUUCAAAGAGAAGGCGAUGAAUGGUUCUGCAAUGCUGGACUUCCAAGUGAUAUUGCUGUUUCAAUCGAUGGAGUCACUUUCCAUCUCCAUAAGUUUCCUCUUAUAUCGAAAUGUGGCAAAAUUGCUCGAGCGAAUGAAGAGUCCCUGAACAAGAAUGGGAAGACUAUGAACAUGGUGCUGGAAGAAUUUCCUGGUGGUCCUGACACUUUCUUAAUUGUAGCUAAAUUCUGUUAUGGCCUCCGUGUAGAACUGUCGGCCAGAAAUGUAGUAUUGGUUUAUUGUGCUGCAGACUAUCUUGAAAUGACAGAUGAAUUCGGAGAAGAUAACCUGUUGCCGAAAUCAGAGUGUUUUUUCCAUAAAAACAUACUUCGCAACUGGAAAGAUUGUAUUUUGGCUCUUCAAAAUUCCGAGCUUGCUCUAGUCAGGGCUGAAAAGCUUCACCUAGUGAGUAAGUGUAUGAAUGCUCUAUCUAUGAUGGUAUGUACAGAUCCGAGUUUGUUUGGUUGGCCUAUGAUGAUGUAUGGGAGUUUUCAGAGCCCCGGCGGAAGCAUUCUGUGGAAUGGUAUAAAUACUGGUGCUAGGAUUCGGAGCUCGGAAUCUGAUUGGUGGUUUGAAGACAUCUCUUAUCUCAGUGUGAGUUUGUUUGAGAGGCUUAUUAACACAAUGCGGGCAAGAGGUAUUAGGCCUGAAAACCUGGCAGGUGCCAUAAUGUACUAUUCUAGAAAGUACUUGCCAGGGCUGGGCCGGUGGCGUGCCGGACAAGGUGGGAAAACUAGAAGCGUUGCGAGUUUUAGCUUGACACCUGCUACUGUUGAUCAGAAGGCUUUGUUGGAAAGCAUUGAGAAACUUCUUCCUGAAAAGAAGGGAAGAUCCUUUUGUCAAUUCCUACUGGGGCUUCUUCGCGUGGCUUUGAUAUUGAAUGUUGAUCAAGCAUGCAUAGAUUCUUUAGAGAGGAGAAUAGGGAUGCAAUUGGAACUGGCAACACUAGAUAAUCUUCUUAUUCCUACGUACUCAGAUUCUGAUACAUUAUAUAAUACAGAUUGUAUUGAUCGAAUUGUCCACCAUUUUGUGUCUAAAGAAUCAAAUUUAACUGGUUUUUCACCUUCAUCAACUGACCUACAAGAAUCACCAUCUGAAUCGUUGAGGAAAGUUGCAAAGUUGAUAGAUAGCUAUCUUGCAGAAAUUGCUUCUGAUGUUAACUUAAAACCUGGAAAGAUACGCACUCUCGUAGAGGCCCUCCCCCAGCCAUCAAGAUCAUUACAUGAUGGACUAUACAGGGCACUCGACAUUUAUUUCAAGGCGCAUCCUUGGCUAUCCGAUAAAGAUAAGGAAGAACUAUGCAACAUCAUUGACUACCAGAAACUCUCGAUCCAUGCUUGUGCUCAUGCAUCCCAAAAUGAUAGGUUACCCCUCAGAGUUGUUCUUCAAGUGUUGUUCUUUGAACAGCUACAUUUGCGAACGGCAUUAGCUGGAUGUCUCAAUACAUUAGAUGGUGAAAAUCAUGAAACUGCUCCGGCAGCUUGUGUUCCUGCAAUUGCAUUGGGAGAAAUGGCAGGUGAAAUAGUACAGAGGGAUGGAUGGGUGACUGUAGCGCGCGAAAACCAGGUUCUAAAGGUGGAUAUGGAUAAGAUGAGUUCUAGAGUUGGAGCGCUUGAAGAAGAAUUCAGCAAAAUAAAGCAUGAAAUGAAAACCACAGCAAAACCUCGCAAUUCGCUUAGUUCUCCGCGAUUCAUUUCAAGAAAGCUUGGGUGUAAGCUUAUUCCAAGACUCUCGGAUGCUCAACCAGAAUCCCUUAACCGGUGUAGAUCCACUCCAAGAGCAUCAACUGAAAAGGCACGUCUGUCUCAUAGGUCGAGACAUGCAGAAAGUGUUUCUUGAUGUCUUUCCCUAAAAUCCAAACACUUAGAAAUUGUUUCUUGAGUAUCAAGAAACCAGAGUUCCUCUGUAUGUAGAAAUGCAUAGCAUAUAGUUUUUAAGCUCUUUUGGUACACGGGGGAAAGGGAAGGAGAAUGUUUAUCAAUAUUAGUAAUACAGUGUAUUUUUAUUUCACAAGUUUGCAUAUGCGAACACUAGGCUUAUAUAUUACUGCUAUUAGCCUA